GGAACCCAAAGAGAUGCCGAGAUCCAUCUAAGCACUGCUGGAUUUGGGAAACUGCUCUGUAAACCCAUUCCAAGGUGGCGAGGAAAUAAGGUGGCCCCUCUCCCUCCUGGGUAUCCUACAGUUGAGCUGCAUCUCCUACAAACAAUGUAACAAAGUGCCAUUGACUGGCAGUCGUGACAGGAUGUCAGCAGACGAGGACAGUUGGGUCCCUGAGAGUCAGGAGAGUGUCACCGGAAAACUUCAGCGUAAAAUGAAACAAUCUCCUCUUGUUCCAGUAGGCCUUGCUGGAUUUGCUGUGAUUGUUGCCUAUGGACUAUACCGCCUCAAGGGCCGAGGAGAUGUCAAGAUGUCCGUGCAUCUUAUCCACACACGUGUUGCUGCUCAAGCUUGCGUAGUUGGCGCCACAGCACUUGGAACCACCUACACCAUGUACAAAGAAUACAGACAGCGUCAAGCUGAGGAAAAAACAAUCGACUGUGAGGGAGACAAAUGAAGAGCUCACACAGAGAACUGAAUAUUGUAUUUUCCUCAUCAGUAACGGAUUGACAAUUAAUCUUGUGUGCAGCAUGAACUAUCACUAGCAUCUUAGUACUCAAUGAGCUAUAGGUUCCUAAGCUACUAUCCAGGACAAAAUCACCACUUCUAAUCCCACCCACUAACAAUCAUAAGUUCAUAGCAGUUAGAAACAUCAGGUUCUGGGGAAAACAACAGAUGGAUAGAAAAAAGAAGUUGUUGAAGAGUGCUGACAGUCAUGGAAGGUCAUAGCAGAAGAUUUCUUUCUCCAAUCCCUCCUCUCUUUAGUCUAUUUUUACCCUCUCCCUUCUCUCUCAGGCCAUAUCUUUUCUUCACACUCUCCCCUCUCUCAUAUCUCUUCACUCUUUUUUUUUCUCCAUUAUCUCUUAACUCUACCUUCUCCGCUUUAACUUUGCCUCUUCAAUCUCUCUAUCUGCUCAGUUUAUCCUCUCGGAAGUAACAGUCUAAGCACUAAUAGGGUCCCUACAGCCCUAGAGGAAUAACAUAUCCUUGCAUUUUCAUGGCUAUAUAAUACCCCUUUAGAUAAUAGUUUUAGCAAGUAGCACAAAAUGCAUGUUUGUCAGUGCUGCACAAUAUUCCAACUUUGCUACUUGCAACAUGCUACCUGACUUCAGAUUUAAGUUUCACUUGCCACCAUUAAAUGUCCACAUAUAUUUUUUUUUAAAUUUGUUUCCAUAUUGAAGAUAUUUUGUUGUAGUUUUAGUUGUUUUUAAAAUGAAACUGGUGAUUCAGAUAUAUAUAUAUAUAUAUAUCUUAUGUGUGUGUGCGUGUGUUUUAUUUUGAAUAUUUUUUGAAAAAAGAUAAAAUACUUAAUUUGUUCAAAUGUAACCCCAUUUCAAAGAUUUAAAAGCAAUAUUAUUUGUUAAAGGAGUUGAAAGUCAACCCUAUUCAUAGUAUUUCCCACACAGACUACAUAUGUCUAAAGCUAAUGAUGUUAUAGCAAAGCUUAUUUUAAAAUGUAAAAAAUAAACAAUAUUUACAAAUCCA